GCCACGCCCGCUGCCCGACACCGGCGCGCCGGCAGCGCCCAGACCCUGGCCGCAGUCGUCCGGCACAGCAGACACUCGAAACACAACAGCCAUGUGAGCCCGACACCUUGUGCUACCGAUGAUCCGAGUGUGGGCAUAGGACACGGCCAUAAUUCACCUCGAGGAAAUCCCGGCAGCCGGGGCGGCAUGAUGGAGACGCUGCCGGACGCCAACGCCAACGGCGACCAGCCGGCCGGCCUGGUCGGCAGCCAACAGUCGCUGGACGAGGCCGACUUCAUCACCGACCGCGACCUCAACUGGCUCUGCGGGUACGAGGGAGGUGAGGGCGGCGGUACGACCACCCCCGGUCAGCAGCGCUGUCCAGAGCUGAUGGGCUCGCACAGCUACAACCAGCUCUCGUGCCACGUGGACGCCACACUGGCAGAGAUCGACAUGGACCAGUUCUGCCGGGCCGACAUCGACAAAAUCCUGGAGAUAUCGGCCUACAGCAACGACCUGUACGGGGAGCAGGGCCUGUUCAGUAACAUCUCGAUGGACUCGCUGGACUGCUCGUCGUUCGAGGCGGACGAGAUGCUGCCGUCUCUGAGUCUGGAGGCCGACGACAGCAGCAGCGGAGCGCUGGCGACCACCGAGGACGGCGGCACGACCGGCAGCGACCGGGCCAUCGACCAGAUGAGCAGCGACGCCGCAGCCGUGACGACCAGCGGCGAGGCCGCUCUCGUCACCAGCGAUGACGCCACAGACCCGUCAUCAGCGCCCCACGAGUUUCGUCAGUGGCCGGCGGCCGGGCGGUCCCGGCCGGGCCUCACCUGCUGGUCGGAGCGGCGCCGCACGCCGUCCCCGCACCAGCACACCACCUGGGUGGGGCAGCGCCAGUCGCCGCCGGUCCCACCGGCGCCGCGGACCGAGACCACCACCUGGCGGGAGCAGUGUCUGCCGCCGUCGGCGCCGCAGAGUCCGCCGCCGUGGCCGGACCAGCACCGCGCCGAGCCGGACCGAGCCGGGACCUGCCAGGUGGAACCGCGCGAGGACGAGCCGAGGUCGGACGAAGAGACGACGCCAGUCCGGAUGAGAGACAAGGCUCAGCCGCGCCGCAACGACCUCCGGCGGUACCUGCUCAGCGCCGACCCGCGGCAGCGUCUGCUGGACAGGCGCGGCGAGCUGACCCUCCCGGAGAGGCCGGCGCCUGCCGAGUGUCGGUGCGGCGGCCGGCGCCCCCGGCCUGACCUGGCCGGUGACCGCGGCGGGGGAGAGCGGGCCCCUGACCGCGCCGUCCGGCCGGUGACCGGCUCCGAGCCGCGCCCCGUCGCCGCCACCGCCGCUGUGGCCGAGCGCAGCAGCCAGACAGCGCCGUCCGGCGGCGGUCUGUGCGUGUUUCCGCACUACACUCUGCCCUGCCUGCCCUUCCUGGAGCAGAGUCCUAUCAGCGCGCCGUGCCGACACGGGCCGGGGGAGGCCGCCGCCGGCGCUCACCGCGCCCCGCUGCCGGAGUCGCCGGCGCCGCCCACCCGCCGCGCUCCGGGGCCACCCUCUCUGACAGACUCCCGUGGUCCGGCCUCACCGGUUCCUACUGGCUCCCGUGGUCCGGCGUCGCCGGUCCUGAGCGGCCGGGGCGCGGGCUCCCGGGCGCCGCUCGUCCGGCCGCGGGUCGGCUCACCGGCCCUGGCCGGGUGCCGGGUCGGCUCGCCGGUGCCGCCGGGCCGUCUGACGCCGACGGCGACGGGCUCGCCGCAGCGCCGGCCCUACUCCUGUAACGACAUCCGGACGGCGAUCCGCGGCAACAUGGCCGCCAUCCAGGACUGGCGCUCGCUGCGCAUGCUGCUGCCGCAGGAGUUCCGGCGCGAGAUGGACCGGCUGGCCGGUGACGCCCUGUCGCCGGACGGCCCCUCUGGCGGCCUGCACGUGGGCCAGUGCCGGUCGGCCAGUCGGCAGAGCUCGGCGGGCAGCGGCCGGCGCGACUCGGACGCCGCCACCGACGACGAGCGCGACGGCCGGUGCACGCCGCGCUCGGCGCGACUGGCGGCCGCCAGCGGCUCGUCGACCAGCUCGGGCCGCUCGCUGAGCCACUGGUUCACGGACGCCGCCCAGUUCGCGGCCGUCAGUGAGCGGGAGCUGCGGCCGUUCACGGGCCCCGAGGACGCCUCCGACACCGUCUCCCACCCGCCGUCUGCGCCGAGCGGCGCCGGGAAGACGGGCUCGGAGCGCCGGCGCCAGCACCCGUCCGUGGACUCGGGCAUCGAGCUGCGGAUGCCGGGCUCGUUCGGCGCCCAGUCGGCCGGCAGCGACAGCUCGCGCUCCGAGUCCGACUCGCACGCCAGGCGCGUCAUCGUGCUCCACCGGGACGGCUUCGAAGAGGCCCUGAGUCUUAUCACUGAAAGUGUGUCGUCGAUCGUGGCCUACUUCCAAUCAAGUGCAAUAUCCCUGUCAUCAAAUGAUCCAGUCGGCGGCCAGCUGCUCGGGGACAGUCGGCGCAGCCCUGCCAUCGGCUACCUGGUGCUGGACCGGCUCUGUCCCGCUCUGUACACGCUGCUCGGUGACGGCCUCCUCACGCGGCUCGACACCGCCUUCGGGCCGGUGCACAACAGCGUCUGGCGCCUGGUGGAGUCGGCCUGUCCUCCCGGCAUAUGUCCUCAGCCGCUCAGUGAUCUCGUGCUGAAGGUGAACAAUGAAGAGGAGCUCUCCGAAAGCGUCCUCAAGUUCAACGCAUUCGUGUUUGGACUACUAAACACACAGUCGCUGGACCGGUGGUUCGGCUGGCUGCUCGGCCGGCCGCCGGCGCUGCUGAAGCACUACUCUGCCGAGGCGCUGGUCCGGCAGCUCGGCGCCGCCGACGCCGACCGGCUGCUGCUGCAGCUCCGCCGGCUGGCGCGGCCCGGAUUCGCCAUCGAACUCACCUUCGAGAGCCAGCUGCUGCGCCAGAGCCUGUGGCGGCUCGGCCGGCGGCUGAUGGAGCUGGGCGCCGACCCGUCCGGCGGCCGGACCGCCGGCGCCGGCCCCCCGGCCCGGCAGGCGCGCGUCACCGCCGCCGCCAUCCGCGGCAAGCUGGAGCGGCGCUGGACGGGACGCGACCUGGACCGGCGGCUGCUGGCCGCGCUCACCGAGACCCUGGCCGGGUGUGUGCCGCUCGACACAGACGAGAAUGACAACAGCGCCGCGGCGGCCGGGCGCGGAGCCGCGCCGCGCGCAGAGCCGGCACCGGCACCGGCCGGCCAGAGACAGACCGCCACCGAGCCAAAGACUAAGCCCAGAGGCAGAGGACGCGACCCAGCGCGGACGGCCGUGCAGCCGAACCCGAGCCAACCGGGGCCAAAACCCAACACCCAACUGAGGCCAGAACCGAAACAGGAGACGAAAGUGGAGAUCGAUGCUAAAAAGAAGCCACAGCCGGCGAAACAGAACCGGGAGAACUUCCCAGAACGGCAUUCAGACCGGCAGAAUGGACCCGACUAUGAUCCGGAGCGGCAGCCGGAGCCGGAGCCGCUGGUGAGCAGGGCCCGGGCCCGGCAGCUGGACGAGUGGUGGCAGCGGGUGACCAGGGACCAGAGCUCGAGCCAGCCCUGGUGGGAGCGCCAGUCGCAGCAGCCGCCGGCCGGCCGCGCCUCUCCGCCGGCCGAGUCGCGCAUCCCGCGCAGAGUGUCCGGGACGCCGGCCGGGCGCCGCCCCAGUUCGGACAGCGGCUACCCCCAGCCGGCGGCCGGGCGCCGCGCCGUCCCCGCCGGGGGCCCGCAGAGCCCGGACACGGACGGCGGCCGCCAGCCGGCGCUGGCGGCCACUGGCGGCUCCAGACGCCUCCGGACGGCCUCGGAGGCCAGUCUGCGGCAGCGCGUGCUGAAGCGGGACCAGGAGCAGGCGAACCAGAGCCGGGAGGCGGCGCGGAGCGGGCCGCUGCGGCCGGCCGCCGGCACCGGGACCGGGACCGCAGCGGCGCGCCGCACCGGAGCCGCCACCGCCGAGAGCAGGCAGGGAAAAAGGGUUCGCUCGCUGGUCCCGUACCACACGCCGAACCGCCAGUUCCUCUCGUACGACCGCGACGACACGCUGACCGUGGUGGGCACCACGGACAGUCACUGGCUGCUCUGCGCGCGCCACCAGCGCGUCGGCCUGGUGACGCGCCACCACGUCACCAACGUCAGCUGACGCGCGCCACGUCAGCUGACCCUGACCGUCCGCGGGUGAGGUGAACGCCGACACCGGCGCACGGGGCGCCCCAGCGGCCAAACUGCUGCGAGCGGCCAGACACUUUGGCCUCGCCAAUUACGCUUUGUGCGGCAGUCCAGCGCCUACGCUAGAUUUCGCCAUGCAGGAUCAAGCGUGUAUACUUUGCCGUACUUCCGGCUUCAUUUGUGUAAUAAUGUCCUUUUAAUGAAACCUCCGUAAAUCUCGUAAAGGCGAAGCCCGGCGGAGGGAGGUCAAGUUCACCCAGAAUCGGCUAGUCAGCACAUGGGCAGCUGGCGGCAUCGCGGUUUUUCACCGACUGAAAACAUUUCCAUAUGCGAAGAGUUAUCGCGUGUAGGCACCGGAGCCAGCCUUUCGCUUACGUCUCUGUCCCACCGGUCGAUGUGGUCAAACAGCUGGCAGACGGCUGCUCUGGCUAUAUUCUGUAACCUACCGAACGGCAGGCGAUGUCGACCAUAACCCUAUAACGUCUCUGUAGGUGAAGUGGUUACUGGUUAGCACCCAUAGCUGUAGAUAUUGUACGGGACUGAGGGUCAGUUUUGCGGGUUUGAUGGGCUAAGAUUUGCUUUUAACUGGAUGAUCCACUCACUUUGAGCACCUACGAGCGUUGUCCGGUGCUAAUAAUGUGAUACGUUUGGAUAGUUGCCUAUGGUAAAGCGUUCCUCAGCGCCGUUCGCUGUUUGUGACGACCGCCGCUGAGCGGAGUCCGAGACUAUACCAAUACGGGCUGUGGGAUGUGACUUGGCUGUUGAGCAUAGGUUGGACCCAAUUAUUGGGCUUACCAGUGAAUAGGUGGGGCUUCAGGCCGUAAGGAGUGUCAGAU